AAAGUUCAUUGGAAAAAAAAAAGGGGGCGAACGCAUUAUUUUUUCAUAAACAAGUAGGCAAAAGCUAGUUGAGUUCACUCCCACUUUUCCCCUCCCCCAAGAAAUACUCUUUCAGUCUUCCAUUAACAAAUCACUGUUGCUUCCUUCUCUAUUCUAAGUCUGCCAACCGUCUUUUUUGCAUUCUCAUCUCUAUCUCUACCUCUAUCGUUCACCUACGGUACUUAAAGAUCUUCCUUUGAUUCAGAGUGACAAUUCCAAUUCUCAGAAGGCAUGGAUGAUGUACUGACUGAAAUUCCUCCACCUUCUAGAUUCUUUGAGGAGGAUCUCAACAUUUUUACCCCUCCAUCUCCUUUGCUUCCGACGCCUUUUAUUGUUCUCUCAGAUUCUGAUACUAACGAAAUUCUUCGUCCUUCACUCCUUAUCUUUGCCAUUUCACCCCCAUCUCUUCAUAUAUUUCUUCAUAUAUCCUCUAAAAAACUCAUUGGAACACUAAUCCUCCCUGAGAUAUCUUUUUCUGGAAACACCAUUGCACCCUCUCUAAAGAACAAAUCUUGUGACAUAUACGCAUUGACUGAUGCUGAGAAGCUGACCCUUGUUGUGAGUGUCCAAUAUCAAGUACCCGUGGAGAGAUGUCAUGCUGUUUCAAAAUUGCUUCUCUCUGAAAAGAUUGUGCCAGAAAAAGUAUUAAUUUUCGAUUCAGUUCAGAUACAAAAAUUCCGUGGUAAGCUAUCAAGAGAUGAUACUGUAGCCUACAAGCUGGAGACAUCUUUGGAAAGAAAAGGGCUUGGUGAAAGUCCGCUUCUGAAGAACAUGGACUACUUCCCAUCAGGAAGCGUGGUGGAUGGCCUUGCUGCUGCUCUAUUGGCUCGAUGUCAGAUCAGAAAUAUUCGAGGUAGUUUGUGCGUUUCCUGGCCCGAAUUUGGUAAACCAGUGAUGCAGUUGGUUAGAUCUGUUUUGAUGAAGGAUGUCUUACCUGAUUUUGAUUUCACCUCUGCUACUGACUAUGAAGACGAGAAGUCGAAAUCUGUUUGGCUCAAGGAUCCUGUACUUGAUUCAGACUUGUACACCUGAUAAGGUGAGCUUUAUUUAAGUUAGAAAUGCUUAAGGGCUCAUCUGGAAGGAAAUGCUUAGAAGGAUAGAUGAUAUAAUUUGAACAGUUUUUGAGCUUUAGGAUGAAAGGUUUGUUGAAACUACUGUAUUGUUAGGAUGUAUGCACUGACACUGUUAUGAUUUAAUGCUUGAUGCUUAUGGCUCAAUACUUCAGUUAGCACUUAGUAUACACACAUUUGUUGUGUUUAUAAACUACGUUUCUUGUUUUUCUCA